GGGGCUGGGGGUGUGCGGGAGCACGGCCUGAAUGCACGGGGGGAAACGAUCGUUGUCGCAAGUUUCGCGUUCCCGGAGCGAGCGCUCGCCGCCCCCACCCCGCGGCUCACGGACACGUGCUGCGCUCCGUGCGGGCCCGCUGCGAUGCUCGGAGCGGUGUCAGCGCGGGGGGGCUGAGCUCGGGGUGCCGGGCCUCGGGGUGCGAGCAGAGCGUGCUCCGCUGACACUUGGCAGCGCUGCCACCCCCGAGGAAAUGCGGCGAGUCCAAACUGAGCGUAAUUGGUUAUGAAACAGAGAGAGUGAGCUGCACUUCGUAACCGCCGGCAGAUGCGCCUGCUUUCCUUAUCCAUUAUCCAUUAUCCAUCCCCGAAGCGCCUGCCGACAGGUUCAAAGUACCCCGGGUAGCCCCGAGCUGGGGCAGGCGGUGCGGAACCCGCAGCCGGGAGCAUCCCGACACCGUGUCCCCGAGCACCGCCGGCAGCGACGCGCUGAGCCCCGGCUGAGUCGGGAUCCCUGCGGGCUGGGAACGUUCGGGCUCCGUUCCCUCCGGGCUGGAUGUAAUGAGUAAUGAGGGGCUGCGGGGGUUCCCCCUGCCCCGUCCCGAACGUUCCUCUGCAUGUAAACCCGGGGUGAAUCCAUGGAGAUCAUCUGUGUGUGAGAUCGGGGCUGUACGCCGCAGUCGUGCAGGUUGUGGCACUGAUCCAGCGCUGAUCGAGGCUGAUUUUCAAGCGUGGAUACGUGGGUAAAUAACUGUGUGUGUAAAUACGCAGACAGGUAAACACGGUGAUGGGAAUGACGAUCCUCCUCGUUUUUCUUUCUAGUAAUACUGGGUUUGUUUUUUUUCCCCUUACUUGUUGAUGUGAUUUCUUCUUUCCUUGCAAAAUCUCAACUAAAGGAGAGGACGCCCCAGGCUGAGAAGUGCAGGGUGGGUUUGUUCCUUCUCCCCACCCCCACACCCCCAAAUUGCAGGGCUGGCAGGGCUGGAAGCUCUCCUAAUGAGUGCUAAUUGGCAGCAGAGCAGAGAUGCUCGCAGCCCUGGGAAAGCUCAGCCCACCAGAGGAGGGGAUUUUCCACCACCAUGAGCUCCUUUGGUGGGGUCUGACAGCCCAUGGAGCCCUCCCCAGCACCCAGCUGUGCAGGCAGGAGGGAAGCCCUGCCCCAAUCCCACCACGUUCGGGUAAAUUCCAGCCUAGGCAGCCUGAGUGGUGAUUGCAAACUGUGCUUAUUAGCAUGGGUACGAAGUGACCUGUGCAUUACAAGUACUGCAGGUGGAGAGAUGCUAUCAGGUGUUGCAGGGUGACACCUAAUCCCCUCCUCUGGUGCCGUUUUUCACCCUUUUCCUCCGUCCCCUGAUGCUGUCCGUGUUCCCAAACCCGUGUUGUGCUGCUGGUGGUGAUGGGGUACAGCCCUGUACCUGCACUGCCCUGUUGGGGUUUGUGCUGCUUGGCCCCGGAGCUCUGGCUCUGUGCUCUGUCAGUGUGCUGUGUUUAUGAGAAAGGACUUUGCUUUCCCAAGGUCACGCUCUGUGCCCGCAUUCUGCUGGUGCCCGGCCGUUAGCUCAGCCAGCAGUGCAGAACGUGGCUCUGGGGCAGUGACCACAGGUCCCCAAAGCUGUUUUGUUUCUCCACAUCUGAUCUGGGUUGGCUGCCUUUGGAGAGACCCGCUUCCCCAGCCAGGUUUGUUGUAUGCACCACGAGAUGACUUCAGGAGUGUGUUCCUGAUCCUAUUACAACAUGCUUUAUAUGUCCCAGCCAUUACAAGUGAAUAUCGUGUCAUAUUUUUGAAGGGACGAGUUUUAAUUCUAUUAAAUAGAUGCCAAAAGCUAUUAUCAUAUGGAAUAUCCAUUACUAUUAUGAGGAUUCAGAAAGCUUUACAAGCGCCCACAUUUGCUUUUUGUAGCUUCUCUGCUGGUUCAGAGAGAAGAUUCUCUCCUUAUUGGCCCAUCAGUUGUGUUAUAAUUGAAGUUCAGUGCUGCGGAUGGUGCUUCCCAUGGUGAAAGCAUUGUGCUUAAUGAAGAUUUGCAGCUCCCAGUGGCUCCGUUUGGGCACUGAGGCACCCACGUUCCCACUUACACAUGGGUUGUGCUGUUGGUAGAAAGCUGGGUCCCCUGCAGGUCUUAUAUAUGGCUUUUGGAAGGGGUCAGGAAGGGCUGCUUUGUGCCCGCUAUUGGGAUGAGUCAAACACUGCAAGCUUUGCUGGAAGUCCUCGGCUCUUCAUGGUGCUGCUGAUGCUGUGGGAGCUGCGGUGUGGCCCCGUGAAGGCUGGAGGUGUAAAUUAUUUGGAGGCAGUGUUUAAGAAAGCUCUAUAUUUAGUGCCUGCUGCUUAACAUCAGCCUGGCUCACUGCUGGCGACAGGCGCAGCCAUGGCUCUGCUCUCUCCUGCGUGCAGCACUAAAAUAUCCAUUGACUGCCCCUUUUCUGCAUCAUUACUGAUGUCCUUCCCUCCGUGAGGGGGAUGUUUUAUUAUUCCCAUUGUCUGUCCCCAUUGUAUUGCAGUCCCAUGCAUUUGAAGGUGGUGCUGUGAUGCUGGGGACUGUGCUCUGGUUUCCAUGUUCCCGGAGCUGUUAGUCCCUCUGUUCAGGAGUGUAGCAGUGUGUAUUUCUCCAUGAGAUGCUCCGUUUGUACCAGGCAUCCAUUCCCAUUUGUGUGCUGGCAAAACUCCUGGCCCAGUGCCUUCCUACCAGCUGGGGGCCCAACAUGGGAUGUGGUCAGUCCCCAGCAUGGCACAUGGGGAGGGGGCUGUGCGGUCCCUGCUGCCUUCGGUCCUCAGGGCACAGGGGCAUUGCCUUUCCCCCUGAUUUAUGCCUGUAGGGGAUGUGUGGAGAGUGUCCAGCUGCUGGAGACUCUGGGAGGAAAAAUGAAUGUAUAUUUUUUCCUCUUACUGUGCAUUCACGCUGUUGUAAAUGACUUGGCGCCUGGUGGGAAGGGAAUUGCACCCGUCGUGUUGGCUGGUGUUGGUGCCAGCUCAAACACCACCAGACGUGGCUUUCGUUUCCAUUUGCUGCCGGGCCGUUUUUCCUAUUUCCUCAGGGACAAACAGAGGGAUUGGGGCUUCUGUAGUGCCAGCAAUAGUGGGGAGCAUCCCACCCUGCACCCCCAGGCUCGCAGCAUCCCACCCCAUCCAGCAGGACUGUACAGAGAGCCGAAGCUGCGCCAGUUGCCAGGGAGGAAAAGGCAAAGUCAAAGCCAGCGCUGCUUUCUUCAAGCUGAGAUGUUGAGACAAAGCGCCUCUGACCCUGUCCUGUCCUUUCUCUCCAUCCCUUUCCGUCGUUUGUUUGUGAGGGAGUCCUUCCCCUGCCACUCCUAUUCCGGAGCCGCCGGCCGCAGCCCCUGCUGCUCUCAGCCCUUGUGGGGGAAAAUGCACUGAAACGGGAGCUUGGCCAGAGUAUGGCUGACAGCGACCUUUGCCUGGACUCUGAUGGACUCCGACGCAGGACUGCAUUACCAUGGUGAUGAUCUUAACCAAAACUCGGGAGAACAAAGGUGCUGACUCUGUAACAUGCAGGACUGAGCUGCACACUCCAAAGAUGAGUCAAGGACCUACCCUCUUCUCUUGUGGCAUUAUGGAAAAUGACAGAUGGGGAGACCUCAGCAGGAAAUGUCCACUGCAGAUUGAGCAGCCAGGCGCCAGCAUCUGGGACUGCCUGUCGGAUAAGGGUGAGGAGGGCACGUUGUGGCCACGGGAAGCCACCAGCACCUGCUCGGUGACCAACCUCAUCAAAGAGCUCAGCCUCAGCGAUCCUCACAGCAACCCAUCGGCACCACCCAGCAAGCGCCAGUGCCGCUCGCUGUCUUUUUCAGAUGAAAUGUCCAGCUGCAGGACAUCAUGGAGACCAUUGGGCUCCAAGGUCUGGACGCCGGUUGAGAAGAGGCGGUGUUACAGCGGGGGGAGCGUUCAACGCUACUCCAACGGCUCAGCCACCAUGCAGAGGAGCUCCAGCUUCAGCCUGCCGUCCCGCUCCCAUUCUCUGGCCUCAUCCUGCGACCACCGCCCGGGCUGCCCACCGAGGAGAUCAGGGGCUGGAGGUGAUGGCUGGAGCCCCGAGGGCGGCCGGGCGGACAUGCAGCGCUCCCUGUCCUGCUCUCACGACCGCUUCUCCUCCUCGGAGCCUGGCCCUCCCUCAGCCAGCAGCACGCCAGCAUCCACACCGCAGCUGGGCCGCCGUGCCGGUGGGCUGUGCCGCAGCCGCUCGCAGCCCUGCGUCCUCAAUGACAAGAAGGUGGGCGUCAAGCGGCGCCGGCCCCAGGAUGCACAGGAGCCACGGCCAUCGCUGGACCUGGCCAAGAUGACACAGAACCGCCAGACCUUCAACAGCCUUAGCAGCCUUAGCACAGCAGUGGAGGACAGCACCCAGCGGCUCCCCACCACCCGGCCAUGGACCACAGCCCCUCACUCCCCGGAGGUGAUGCCGGGCAGGACCCCCGCCUGCACCCCAGUGCCAGAGCCACACACACGGGGUGAGGAGCGUGGGGUGAGCCGGGACGACCUGUCCUGCGAGGAGUCUGAUGAGGGCGGUGGGAAGGAGGAGGAUGGGACCCCGUGGCAGGGCAGCGGGGCGGGCACCCAGAGCCCCUUCCAGCUGGAUGGAGAAAUAGACAUUGAGCAGAUUGAAAACAACUGAGGACGUGGGGCUCAACGUGCCACGGUCUGAGGCUCGCAGAGGGGAAGGGUCCCCUGGGGGUCAGCGCGGGUUGUGCCGCACUGCCCACAUCCCCCUGCCAGCUGGAGGGGAUGAAGCAGCUUUGCCAAAAUUUCAUCAGGUAUUUAGAGCAAUUUUGUGUGUGUGUGUGUGCGUGUGUGUGUGUGUAAAUCUUGAAAUUCUUUGUAACUACUGUAGCCAGAUAUCAGCUAGUUUGGGAAAACCGCCUGUCAGACCUUGGAGACCAGGGGGAUGGGGAUCACCAAACAACACACAUCCAUCAGUGAGAAAACAGCUUCUGCAAAGGUAGAACCGCGGCUGAUGGAUCCAGACAUGGCUUCCAGUUCACACGUGUGCUUGUUUGGAAAGCAAAAGGAAAAAACAAACAAACACCCCUGGGGAGGACUGGAAAACUGGGGGAAGAAAGAGAAAGUCAGCUGAGAUUUGCCAACCAUGUAGUGUUGAGGCCGGACUAGUGGUUGGGGCAGCUGUGAUGCCCAGAGCCCACACUGAUCCUCCAGCCCCUGGCGGUGCCAUCAGAUGGAAACCACGAUUCUUGCUGAAAUGUAUUGCUGGUAAGAGCUGGAUGGUUUUUUUUAAUACAGAUUUUUAAUUUUCCUUUUCCCGAUGAGGAUCCAGCAGCGCUCGGCCCCUCACCAACCAUUGCGUGGCUGCCACGCUCUUCUUGCUCUGACUGUGAAGUGGGUCCCUGUCCGAUGCCAUAGGAUUACUUGACAAAAGUAAGCUGUCAGAACGCUGAAAAUUCAGGUAGCAGCACUGAAAGCUUUUCCUCUCGCUGUGCCUUGUUAAAGCACAGAUAAAGCGGUGACCAUUUUGUUUGUACGAGAUACACUCCUCCAUGAAAUAAGCUGUCUGCCUGCUAACUGGUUUAGAAGGACACAUCCUGAUUAGUUUGUUUUUUUCCCCUUUUUGUUUCUUUUGUUUAAAUCUCUUGGAAAGCUGUACAUGCGGCUUCCAGCAUCUUCUGCAGGUUCCUUGGGGUUAUUUCCCAAGCUCUGCAAAAGCACAAAGGGAAAAUGAAGUGAUAGAUCCCAAUGGAUCCCAGCCCCUUUAGUAGGGGUCUUGCGUACAGACACCUCACUGGGAGUCUGUAAGCCAGAAGAGGCUGAGAGCGGCCAAUGCAGGUUUACUGAUCCCUAGUGUUACGUUACUGCACUUUUCCUGCGGGGUUUUGGGCGUUCCCCCAUCCCAUCCACUCAUAGCUUUAUUCCUGCUCAUGGCCAUGGUCAUCUCAGCUCCCUGCAGAGCGGCACCGGGGCCUUCUCCUGUUGGGGAAUCCUCCAUCUCUCUUCAAGUGUCUCUCAAUGCGUUGCUGAAAACAACCCACCCUGGCUGCACUGCCCUGGUGGGAGGCCCAUAGCCCGGAGCUGGGUAUAACCCUAUGUAUUGAGGGCCUUUGGGAUGUUGGCAUCUGCCAGACCGUGUCCCCAGGAGCAAUGCAACCCCAUUUUGGCUUUGAGUCUUCCUGAUGUUCCAAACCCCCAUAACAGCCCCGUGCUCCCACAGAGCUCAGGGCACGCUCGCCUAUGCACACGUGGGGCUGUAACCACAAGGGCUCUUUUCUCCCUCCAAGGGCUGCUACCUAGGACAUGCUCACCCCAUGCAGUAGGACGGUGACCGAGCGGCCGCCGGCUGUACCCGACACAGACGUAGCAUACAGUUUACAUACAGCACAACACGUUUUGCCUUACUAAAGACGCUUCUCCAAUGAGUAAUGGCCUUAUACCGGGCACAUUAGCUUAGAUACAGACUGCAGUGACGGUUUGUAGGCCACAGUGGUGUUCUGUUGGGUGAUUUUCUGUUGGUUUCGUAUGAUUUCAUGUACUUGUUUUCAGUUCGAGAAAGCCUUACUUUAAAAAACAGAAAAAAAGAAAGAAAAAAAAAAUCUCUCUCUCUGUAGAGGUAAAAACAGUUGUGGAUUUAUAUAUAUAUAAAUAUAUAUAUAAAUAAUAAUAAAAAAAAAUAUUAAAUAUAAUAUAGUACGUGCCUCAGAUCCAGGGGACAUCCUGUUGAUUGUAGUCAGAUGCGGUGCGAGUUCCAUGAGAGCUGUGCAGCCCAGGGGCUCCCGGGGCUCCUCUGGUUGUUAGAGGACCUCACUGGUGCCACUGGGGACCCCUGCAGCAAAGCCCUGCCAGAAGGUGGUACUGCAGUGCAAGUGGAGGCCUUUGCUUGCAGCCCGCAGGCUCGUGGUUGUGAAGAUGCCCGUGGCUUGUUGAAGGCCUGACCCAAUCCGACAGCUUUGGGAUGACAGCAAGCCGUGGCAUCAGCAAUAAGAUUGCAGCAGUAAGGAAAGAAAGGGUUUGGAUAGGGAAAAUGCUUAGCACCGGUAAGACACGCACGUGUUUCGAACCUGUUCUAAGGAAGAUUACAUCUUGGGACAAAAUGAUGGGAAGAAGUGUUUGUAACAUAGAUUGUAAUGUUUCACGUUAUAGCGUAGCCUCCUUGGCCAAUACAGUUGUGUUUUCAGUGCUUUGUUUCAAAGCUCCUGGCUGAACAGGAUAACAGACUGACGUAGGAUAUAAUAGGAUUGUAGCAGUGCUUUACAGAGUUUUAUGUUUUCGAUGUGGAAGAAAAUCAAAAGAAGAGGAUGGCCAAAAAAAAAAUUAAAAUAUAUUAAAAAAUCAACAAAAAAAAAACCACAACAGAAAGGAAUACAACAACAACAAAAAGCCUUCUGAAGCUCUGCCCUGUCGUAGCAACAUCUCUGCACACUGCACAAGCGCAGAGGUACGUCGUGCCCGGGCCAUUGCAGGUGGCUUUGGGGUGGGCGAGAAGACUGCUGACCUGUCCCCUCUCCAUGACUUGAUUGCACUAGAGCAGCUCAGUCUCAGGAAAUUGCUUGUUACUUUUACUGUGUAAAUAAAGCUUCCUGGUUCCGUA